AUGCGCUGGCCCUCAGCGCCGCAAAAAUCCCGCUACAUCCUCCCGGGCCUGCUGAUUCUUGAAUUCGGCUGCCUGACCGCGCUGUUCGGCCUCUUCGGCUACGCAAACCCCAAUACCUACCGCAGCGCCCUGCUGGACGACGGCGUGGCCAGCGGCUUCGUCGCGAAAUCUACGUACACCCCCGGGAGCACGGAUGUGCCGCUUGUGUGGCGGCCUGUCGCAACAACAGUGAGCCUGUACCUCACGCUCGCCUCCUUCCUGUGCAUGGUCCUGCAAGCGACGCUGUACAUCCUGUCCCUCUGCCCACCGCAAGCACUCGCACUGGUGCAGGUGAUCAUGCUGUCGAUCUGGAUCGCGAUCAUAGCGAUCUACCAAGCCGGCGUGAACUCGGAGACGCCAUGGUUCCUGACACAUAGCUGCGCGGACGUGUACUACCCGCGCAACCGCUCGCCGUGCUUGCAGGCGAAGGGGCUGUUUGGGAUUUCGAUCGUCCUGGUGGCGAUUUAUGUUGCGGUGGGCGUUUGGUGUGUUGUUGUUACGGUAAUGGGGGUUAGGUUGAGGUUGAAGAGUGAGGGGAGGGAAAGUGAGGCCGGGAAGGAUGUGGAGUUGGUGCAAGGGAGGAGUGCGGAGGAGCCGGUAGUGGACUAUGCAUACCAGCAGCCGCAGACGCCGGGGAGAGUGCCGGUGACGCCGUAUUGA